AUGUGGUUGAUUUAGCAAAACACACAUGUACAUGUAGAAGGUGGGAUCUCACUGGAAUUCCUUGUGCCCAUGGAAUUGCUGCAAUCUAUAGAAAGGAGGACGAUCCAUACAAGUGUGUUCAUUCUUGUUACAAGAAAGCAGCAUACUUGAGAGCCUACAGUACUCCUUAUAUCCAUGCCAUGCAUAGUCAAGAAUUUUGGCCACCUACAAAUCACCAACCCGUUGCACCUCCAAAGUAUUAUAAGCAAGCUGGUAGGCCAAAGAAGGUGAGGGCAAGAGAGCAAGCUGAGCCACAACCACCAUCAACCUUAAACAAAUUGCCUAAAUGCUUCAGCAAGGUCACUUGUGGAAUGUGUGGCAAGAAAGGUCAUAAUCGUACAACACGCGGGAAGAGGCAACGACAAGCUUCACAGCAUGCCACUGGAGGAAAUAUGGGAAGUGAAACUCCACCAAAUCAGGGACAAGAACAAUCUGCAUCUAAUGCCAUCUGUUAAUUUUUCUGGUUUUUU